CCACUGAGAUCAACAGGCAACACCGUGUGGGAAGAGGCAGCUGCCGUGAGAUUCCUGGCCCGUGAUCUCAUCCCCAGUGAAGGAGCUCCAGCCCUGUUCAGACUCAUCAGCAGCGCCUACCACCCCGGGGCACCUCCGAAACACCUGGAUCUCUACGGCACUGCUAGCGGUAUCAGGGCAACCCAAAGCACUGGCGAAGUACUUUAUGUAAAAGCCACAGGGAUUCGUCCAUGACACCACCAGCACAUACUUGCCUACAAGAAUAGAACAGCUGUUUGUCAUUUGUUGAUCCAUCAUUAUUUAAGUAAUUUACUGGAAGAUUGGAAAGCUGUGAAAGUAGAUCCUAGAAUUGAUUGUUACACCAUGGAAUCACACUGAAGAAAAUUAAUAUAAAAGGAUGACCAAACUCAAAGACUGGAAGCUGUGACUGAAAUAUGCUUCACUGAGUGGAAAAUUUCAUGGAAAAGAUGAAAAAAUUUAAGCGGCGUCUUUCCCUAACCUUGCGAGGCAGCCAAACAAUUGACGAGUCUCUAUCAGAGCUUGCAGAGCAAAUGACCAUUGAAGAGAACAGCAGUAAAGAUAAUGAGCCAAUUGUGAAGAAUGGCAGGCCUGCAACAUCGCACAGUAUGCACUCCUUUCUCCAUCAGUACGCAGGCUCUUUCAAAAAGCCCCCUCUACGGAGACCCCAUAGCGUGAUUGGUGGGAGCCUUGGCUCUUUCAUUUCCAUGCCCAGGAAUGGUGGUGGUAGACUAGAUAUAGUACAUGAGAAUUUGAAAAUAGGUUCAGAUGGCGAGAGUGAUCAAGCUUCUGGAACAUCAUCUGAUGAGGUGCAGUCACCUACACGUGUUCGAAUGAGAAAUCACCUGCAUAGGAGAAUCUCCAUGGAGGAUGUCAAUAAACGGCUGUCGUUACCUGCUGAUAUUCGGUUGCCUGAUGGAUAUUUGGAAAAACUGCAGAUGAGCAGCCCACCUUUUGACCAGCCAAUGAGUAGAAGAUCUCGCAGAGCAUCUUUGUCUGAGAUUGGAUUUGGGAAACUAGAAACCUACAUUAAGUUGGACAAACUUGGAGAGGGUACCUAUGCAACAGUAUUUAAGGGAAGAAGUAAGCUGACUGAUAACCUGGUGGCACUGAAAGAAAUCAGGUUGGAACAUGAGGAAGGUGCUCCUUGUACAGCAAUUCGAGAAGUGUCAUUACUGAAGGACUUGAAGCACGCAAACAUAGUCACUUUACAUGAUAUUAUCCAUACAGAAAAAUCAUUGACACUAGUCUUUGAAUACUUGGACAAGGACCUGAAACAGUACAUGGAUGACUGUGGAAAUAUAAUGAGCAUGCACAAUGUGACGAUAUUUUUAUUCCAGAUUUUAAGGGGCUUGGCCUACUGUCACAAACGGAAAGUGUUGCACCGAGAUCUGAAACCACAGAACCUGCUGAUUAAUGAAAGAGGGGAGCUGAAGCUUGCGGAUUUUGGUUUGGCAAGAGCCAAGUCAGUUCCUACAAAGACAUACUCAAAUGAGGUUGUAACGUUAUGGUACAGGCCCCCAGAUGUACUCCUGGGUUCUUCAGAGUAUUCAACACAAAUUGACAUGUGGGGUGUCGGGUGUAUCUUCUAUGAAAUGGCAGCUGGAAGACCUCUUUUCCCUGGUUCCACUGUAGAAGAUGAAUUGCACUUGAUUUUCAGGUUACUAGGAACGCCUACAGAAGAGGAAUGGCCAGGAAUAUCUUCAAAUGAGGAAUUUAAGACUUACAACUUUCCCAAAUAUAAACCACAACAAGUGAUAAAUCAUGCACCAAGAUUGGACACAGAAGGAAUUGAUCUGUUAUCAAGUUUUUUACAGUAUCAAGCCAAGAAGAGAAUUUCUGCAGAUGAUGCCAUGAAGCAUCUUUAUUUUAAAAGUCUUGGAACAAGGGCACACACUUUACCAGAUGGAGCUUCAGUAUUUUCAUUAAAUGAAAUUCGAUUGCAAAAAGAUCCUGGCUACAGAACCUCAUCAUAUCCAGAGACAGCACAUGGGAAAAACAGAAGACAGAGUAUGUUGUUCUAGACUGGCGUGAAAAAUAAUAGAAUUGAGUUCCAUUGGCUUGCUAUUUACAUCGGAAUUUUGAUUCUGAAGAUACUAUUUUCCAUAACGUAGAAUGGAUUGGACUUGAACGACAACACUUUUCCUUUACUACCCUUCAUGCGAUAGUCUUUUCUUGAGAUACAGUAUAUAGAUUGUUUUAUAAGGGUCACAGUGUGACAUUUUUAUUAUAUAUAUUGUACACAUGUGUAUGUAUGUGGGUAUAUAUAAUAUAUACAUGUACAUACACACACUGAGAGAAAACAGUUCUAUGAUUCACCUCUGCUGUUAAUAGCCAGUAAGUUCCAGCAGCUAUUGUAACUUUAGCUGCAGUUUUGUGCGGUGAUGGAAACAAAAGUGCUUAUUUAUUGGGAAUCAUUGCUGCUAAAAGACUACUGUCCAUAAACCACAUUGUGGUGGUAUAGAGAAAAAUGUGAGUGGCUUGUGAAUGCAUCUGUUUCUCCCAGCACCUAUUUCCAGCAUUUUGCAAAUUUAACUGUGAUGUUUAGUUGCAAAUGCUCUGAUAUUAGAACUGCCUCACCUUUUAAAACAUGAUUUUGAUGAGCUAUCUUGCAACCUCAAAGCUCAUAGGUUAGAGCAUUUAAAUUUAUUUUGAAAUUAUGUGGCCAACAGACUAAUUGAUUAGUGUAUUUUUUUAAAAAUAUAAUUAAGCUGUCAACCUGCACUUCCAUUACUGAACAUUGUCAAAUUAAUUGCACCUAUUAUUUUUCCAUGUCACUAUGAAGACUUUGAAAUUCAGCGAGUUCAGUUUUGUCUCUGAUCUCAGCUGUUAGUUCUUCUACAUUUUAUAAUAAUUUCACUACAAAACGCGUAUCUCGAUGUAUGUCAUAAGUAGGCUUUUAUUAACAGUAUUUGACUUUCCAAAUAAUGGUUUCAGUGGACCUACAUUUUAGGAUUACUGUUAAUGUAUAAUUGUCGAGAUAUUGGACUUUUAGCAAAUGUGCUUAAUCAUUGACAAUAUUUUUGGACUUCUAAACUUAUUCAGGGUCCUACCAUUUUCAUAAAUUUCAAUAGGUUGUUAUUUAACAGUGUUAAGAAUAUUUUCUAUGUUUAAUUUUAUUUGUGAACUGUGAUGAUGGCAUGUUGUAAAAGUGUUUAUUUGUAUUUUGCGUUUUGACUGACUGAUCUUAAUUGGAAUUUUGUAAGAGAAAAAACGAAAUAGACUAAUUAGUAACAUCGUGUAUUGGACCACUACCGCUUAUCAGAAUGAUUCCGGGCUGAAGUCUGUAUAUCUAACUAAAACUGCUGUGCUAUUUAUGAUUGAGUGCUACUUUUGCUUGAAAUUAUAAAUAUUACAGUGCAUUCCUUGUUUUAAUUGAUCACAAUUCUUUGGUGUAUAGUGUGGCCUUUCAAGUUUUAACAAAAAAUUUGUUACACUUAAUUUUAAUAAUUGGUAGCAUUCAAUUUAAAAAAAAAUGUUUCUAAGUAACAACUUAUUCUGGCACACUUUGUUGACCUUUAGAAAGUUUCCCAGGAGCAAUUUUGUCAGGGUUGGUGAAACUCCUCUGAUGUAACUUUCUAAGAAAUGCGAAGAAAGGUCAAUCUUCAUUGGAAUAAAGACAAAGAUGAUGUACAUUUAUUCUACCUUAAUUCCUCAGUUUACAAAACCAUUGUUCACUAUAACAGACUGUGUGCUAUUCUUCUUAUGUAGGAAUGCACUUUUUCUGAAUUGCAAUCCAUUUUGCCUAGUCUUUGAUUUUCAAAUGUCAAUUAAGAAACCAUUUUCCAAGAAAAGACCCCUUUCAUAAAUAGAAGGAAAGCUGUAAAUGCUUAAUUAGUAGCAAACCAAUCAUUUUGCCAUCUCUUCAUCUUGGUCUAAAGACAGUUGGACAGAUAGUGUCAGAGACAUUACUUCCAGGUGAAGCCCAGCAACUACUUACUAGCAGCAAACAAAACAACUAAAUACUUCAUUAUUAACACUUUUUAUUGUAAAACAUGUGGUAAAUGAUCACUGCAAACAAUGGAGAGGUGAGCAAAGGCGGUGGCUGAGUCACGGGUCAAAGCAUGCUAGGCUGAGGCAUAUUCAAGGCAAAGUCAGGGCGAGUGGAGUGGAACAAAGUUAAAUCACAGGAGGGGCAGCGUAGAAGCCUGCCCACCUAAAUUUGAUCAAGAUUUGAUCGAUCUAAGCACCGGGCCAACUUGGAAAGGUCAGUUAUGGGCCGAAACAUGGCGGCAAGGUCUAGGCCCAGCGUGUUAUCAAUGCGACAGGGUCCUAUUGCAAGUACCAACCUGAUGUUUGGAUGAUUUAAGCACCAGGCCAGAUGAAUUGAAAAGGCAUAGCACUGGGACAAGAGGCAAGGGUCAGGCCAGUUCUGCUCACUGCUCUACAACAUUAAGUCAGCUCUGCACUGAACUGAGGUUGAGGCUGUGGACUGCUCCAGGCUUUGUGCCUAUGGACUCACUUUUGUUCUGAAUGCUAUUUGCUUGCUUUUAUUGUUUGCACAAUUUGUUUAUUUUCUCUCUCUGUACAAUAGGUGUUUUACCAUCUUUUUUCAUGGAUUCUUUUGGGUUUCUUUGUGGCUGCCCAUAAGGAGAUGAAUCUCAAGGUUGUAUAAUGUAUACUUACUUUGAUAAUAAAUGUACUUUGAACUUUGAACAACUCCAAUCCAGGCCCUUUGGCCUAUUAGAACCAUGCCAAACUAUUAUUCUGCCCAGUCCCAUUGACCUGCACCUGGACCAUACCCCUCCCAUAAAUAUACUUAUUGAAAUUUCUCUUAAAUGUUGCAAUCAAACCCACAUCCACUACUUCCAUUGGCAGCUCAUU